UCGAAACGGUCGCCAGCGUUGGUGGAAAAACCGAUUUUUUCGUGCUUUCCCGACUUCGCUUAUCGUUGUUGUCCGCUUAUCAGCGUCGCGCGUCGUUGAAAUGCCGUCGGUGGAAAUGCAGUUUGCCUAGUUUUCCGCGCUGCAACAUAUCAACUGCGUCGUUUUUUUGACAGCAUCCUGCAAUCAUGUUUUGGAUUUUACGCCGCACUGGCGCCGCCAACUUCUUCAACUCCUUCAACAACAACUGCAGCUUCUCGAAGAGCAACGCGAACGGUGGCAAUCACAGCAACAGCACUCAAGACAAAUAUGUGAAGCGGCCCCCACGGAAGGCAUAUGGACGACUCAGCGCCGAGGCUGACGAUGCCGUGUCACUUGGCCACAAAAUCGAUGAUCCGUUCGAUGAGCUAGACGACUUUGAAAUGCUGGCAGCGAACGCAAACUCCAGUGCCUGCUGUAGCAACGGCAAUGGCAAUGCCAACGAGCCACCAGGUGAAGCCAAUGGCAACGUCAAUGUCAACGGCAGUGCAGGAGGCGGAGGAGUAGGCAGAGGAGGUGGACUCGGAUGCGGGAAUGGGAAUCUAUUGGCCUGCCCGGAUGCCGAUUGCCAGGGCAACUACGAAGUGGAGAGCGCCCUCUGCGAGCUGGGCCUGUGCCAGGCGAAAGCCAAAACAUCAAAGGACCUGGCGGGGGCCACGUCAACAUCGAAGGAGAUUAACGAAAACACAAUAAGUCGACUGCACGCCCUGGCCAUGGCCGACGAUGAUGAUGACUACGAUGAAUCCCUUACCUGCAACGUGUGCGACCGAGCGUUCCAUUGUCACCGGCAGCUGGCGUCGCACCAGCAAAAGAAGCGUCACUUUGGGUGCAGUGGCUGCGAUAGUUUGUUUCCGUCACUAAUGCUGCUGGAGCACCACAAGGAGGAGUUUGAGCACUGGAGCGACGAGGAGAUGGGCAGGCGGGUGUGCUGUCGCCGGAAUCGCUGUGACGACGACUACUUUACGGACACCGACUCCUUUAUCAGUGACGCGGAGAGCGAGGAUCUGGAGAGACUGUUGUAAUCGCUGGACGCGGCAAAAAAAAAAGGAACCGAGGGAAGCAGGACUGACGGGACUGAAAAUGGGAAGGCUGCCCUCGACGAAAUUUGAAUCCUGGGCCCUGGGAAUGGGCAUGGUUCUGGCCAUCUCAUCCCCAUCAUUCAGGCAGCAGCAGCUAGGGGGCGGGCACAAGGUAUAUCCUGCGGCGAAAGGACAAGGGACAUCGGACUUGGGCGCUCGUCUUCUGAUGAAGAUUGACACACGGGGCGGACCUAAUGAAAAUGAAUUAAACCCCAAUCUGGCUGAACGCAAAGCCCCCCAAAAAAAAAAACACAAACAAUGAAAAAUGUUGGCUAAAGCCCAAAAGAAAAACAACAACAAAAAAACAUACCAAGACCAGUGCUGUAGAGUUUUUAGCUUUUUUGUUAAAGAGAUAAAUUCUUAAACAAACAAAGGCAUGAUAUUCUUUGAGAUUUAUGUUAUUCUAUCAAAACUUAUUAAUAUUUUAUUUAUUUCCAAUUUUAAAGGUGCAAAUAAUAAAACAAACAUUCCUCAGGUUUAUAAACAAUCCAAUUCUUUUCUGAUUAACUUUUUUGAAAUAUUUUCUACUCUUUAUAUUUUUAUUUUUCAUUCAUUUAUCUCGUUUUCAAGAUGCUUCUUGGCAGCACUGGCCAAGGCAAUAAAAAAAAGGAAGAAAAAAAAAGACGCCAGGACAGAAAAACAAGAUAUAAAAUACUUGUCGACUGUUUUGUCUGUAUUUUUAGAGUUCAACUACCAGACCCUGUGCUUGGGUCUAAAAACCCAGUUAUAUAUAUAUGUAAAUGUAAAUGUAUUAUAUAUCUAUGUGUGUAUAAUGAGCUAGUCAAAUACGAAAAUCCAUAAAUGGAAAUCAUAUCAUUAAAUGCAUAUGUGUAAACCCAAAGAAACAAGAAAAAAAACAAAAAACAAAAAACAAAUACAAAACUAUUUACCAAGCAACAAGAAAAGACCGCAAGAAAAACCAAAAGUAUU